UAGAGAGUGUGUUGGUGUACGAAGGGUUAACCUUUAACCUCACACAACACACAGAUCGUCUGGCUGCCCUGAACAAGAGUCUGUCCCUGUGGGCGGGGCUAUUGAAGGAGGGGGCGGGAUUCGGGGCGGGGCCAGUGAUACGAAACCCCGCCCACACCACCUCCAGUCUCUUCCUGCUGGCCUCACUCUACACACUCAUGAGCAAGCCACUAGAGGCGCUGCAGAGCUACCAGCUGGCUCACCGUUUGUCCCGUUGCCUUGGCGAUGCCCAGAGCAGUGCCAGCGCCCUGUGCCACUGUGCACGAGUACUAAUGGAGCUCGGAGAGUGGGAGAGUGCACGGGUGCACCUGGAGCAAGCUGAAGAGUGGAUCGCCAAAGCUGCUGCUUCUAGUAGCAUUUCACUCAUCUCCAUGACAACCAAACUGCUCAGAGCUUCCAUCUGCUACUGCACUGGAGAGGUGGAGCAAGGUGUGUGUGUGCUGUGUGAGGUGUUGGUUGCCGUGGAGAAGAGGCGCUCCAGGAGCUUCUACAUGCUGAAGGCUCAAGCCCUGCAGACAGCAAGCAGAUACCUGAGUCUGGACACACACUCCCUCAACACACAGCUGCGCAAGAACAUCACCCAGCACGGCCUGAUUUCUCCAGAUGUUGCUCAGUAUGAAGGCAUGAAGCUUCUGCACAGUUUGGUUGUCAUGUUGCUUGGAAACGGGUUGUUUGGUGCGUCCAGCUCGAACAGCGACAGCAGCUGCAGCAGCAGCACAGCACAAGAUAACUCAGGUGAUGGGUUGCUGAUGAAGUACCAGCUGCUGUCGGAGGUGUGUGUGUGUGCACGCCGCCUGGUGUGUUUGCGCAGCAAGGCUGGUUCCGCUCACGAGGCCAAAGUGCAGUGCCUAGAGGCCCUGAAGCUCGCCUGCAAGCUACAGAGCGUCAACCACUGUGCUGAUCUGCUGGUGUGUAAGGCGGAGCUGGAGUUGCUGAAGGGGGCGUCUGAAGAGAGCGCUCAGGAUCUACAGAGAGUCAAGAACUUACUGGAGUCCUGCACAGAUUCCUCAGGUGGGCUUGGCUCUGACAGGAAGUUGAAUCUGCGUAAAGUUGUGAUGUCAUCGGACCUCCAAGCUCCGCCUCCACAGAGUCAGGAGGAGGAGCUUAAUGAUGACACUGAAGGGCUCCUGUCCUCUCGGCCAAUCCCGCGCAUCGCAGUGGAAUGUGUGGGUGUGGCCAGUGCACAGGGCUCCUCCCCUCCUCUGAAGCAGCGCUCUGAUUGGCUGAAGAGCCUGAGCCACGCUGCAGAGUGUGUGUGUGCCGUGUGCUCUGACCUGACGCUGGGCCGUGUGUGUGUGAACUGGGCUCUGGCCUCCGCAGCACUCUCCUCUCACACACACACACACACUCACCUCAAGACCAAGUCCAGCACUCACACACACUCGCGCGCCGUCCUCCGUCUCUACCGUGUGUGUGUGCAGCGCUGCCAGCGUCUCUCACACACUCUGGCCAGAGAGCUCCACAGCCUCACACACACACACACACACACACACACACACACACACACACCCCUCCAUCCCCUGCUGCGUGUGCAGGUGGCUCGGGCGCUGCUGGGCCAGGCAGAGAGCAUGAUGGGACAUCGGCCGACGCUGAGCCCGGAGCUGCACGGGGUGCUGGAGAAGGGGUUGAAGGUCGCGACCCCCAGAGGUCACUCGUGGGCGGAGCUGCAGACCAUCAGGGCGGAGCUGUUGGCGCUGAGGGGUGUGGCCUGUUGCCUAGCGAUAGCGGCGAAGCGGCAGGUGUGUGUGGAAGAGCUGUUCUCUGGGGCGUGGCCGUGGAAUCCCCCGCAGAAGAGCGAGCCCAGCAGCGUGUGUGAGCCUGCAGAGGAGCAGCACACACACACACUCACACACACUCCGAGAGCAGCGUUCCAGACUCCCGCUAGAGUGGCCAGAAGCUCGCUCAGCACAGCACCCAAAUCCUCCCUAAGGACCGCCCCCUCCCUAAGGGCCGCCCCCUCGGUGUUCAAGACGCCGAGCGCCACUAGGCUCCGCCCCAAAGCUGCGGCCACCUCCCUCAGCGUGUUUGAGUUCCCAGGAGGCAGCAGUCCGGAGCGCUCACACACACACUCACACGUCACACCACUCGUCCGCUCCGGAGCCAAGACCAGUGGGCGUGGCUUCCAGGUGUUCCAGGACGCAUCGCCUACAGAGGCCCCGCCCCCCAAAGCACCUCCUGCUCCGAGACGAACCAAGCGCUCACGAUUCAAGGUGGUCUUCAGCGAUGAGAGUGAUUCGGACUCUGUGGCGCCCCCUGUUGCUGAGGUGAAGAAGCAAUCGCCACAAACGUCCAGGAAGUCCCGCCCCCCUCAGAAAGCCCCCACCAAUCAGAAAGCCCCUCCCACCCAGAGAACAACCCGCGGGAAGAGCCAAUCAGCUGCUGCGCCUCAAGAGGGAGUGGCUCUGACUCAACAGCGCCCGAGAAGGGGCCGUCCCAAGAAAGACUCCGCCCACUGCGAAGAGGUGGAGACCUUGCGCACCAACAGCGAUGAAGAGGACCUGAAAGGAGACCAGAGCCUGGAGCUCCUCCAGCUCUCCGACACUGACACAGGAGAUGCUGUGGACGGUCUAGAUGAGUGUGAGAUCCUACGGCGAGACCUCGGCACAGAAAUGGGGUGUGGCUCCGCGAUGGACAUCAGGACGGCUGUUGAGCCCCUCACACACAUUUAUAACGGAAUAGACGUAUCUCUAGACUCCGCCCUCUCUAUCCUGCGGUCGUCAUGGCAGCUCCUGCAGCAUGCCCCGCCCCCCUCCCUCUUCUCCCGCCUCUCGUCCAUCAUCGCCCAAUCACACGGACACAAGGACCCCCUCACCACGGCGAUGAUGCACGCAAACGCCCUGGGCAUUACCACACGACAUCACAUGACCCGCCACCUAGCAUCACGCAUGAGGAAGUGGAGGAAGUGCCAGCCAGACGUGGCGGAUGCUCUGGGAGCUCUGAGUCUGGAGGAGGCGCAGAAGGAGACGCAGAAGGAGACGCAGAAGCUCCUCAGGAUGCAGCAGAUCUUCUCCUUCCCCACCGCAGAGCCCUGCGCUCUCCCCCAAGCACUGCAGGACCUCCCAAAAGGUGUGACUGUGUGCAUGUUGUCGGUGGUGGAGGCGUGGCCUGGCAUGAUUGACACCCUUCUGCUGACUCGUCUGGAGAGAGACUCCUCCCCCAUAACCAUACGCAUCCCAACGGGCCAAUCACAGCACUCUGUGAGUGUGUGUGUGGCUGAGUUGGAGGCUGUGCUGGAGCAGCAGAAGCAACUCAACGGCGUCUCAGAGAAGAACCAGUGGUGGGAGGGAAGGCGGAGCCUAGACUCACGCAUGCAGAGGCUGCUGGAGCGCAUGCAGGAGUGUUUGGGGGUGUGGCUAUGCUUGCUCCUCCCCCUGACUGCAGACUCCGCCCUCCCAGAGCAGCUGGCCCAGAUGCCCCGCCCCCCCUCCUGCUCCCUCACAACACACCUGCUGCAGGUGGUACUCUCGGCUGCUCCUCUGCUCUCCCACUCUGACCUGCAGAGCCUGGCUGAGGGGGCGGGGCUUGACCAGGAGGCGGGGCUAACUCUCCAGAAGGCGGCGGCCAAACUACAGAAGCGGGCGGAGCCAGAGGGACACACGGUGCUAAUUUUGGACAAGUACCUCCAGAAGCUUCCGUGGGAGAGCAUUCCGUGCCUCAGGCCUCGCACAGUCACACGCAUGCCGUCUCUACAAGCAGUUCUGGGACACGCCUACCUUCAGAAGCUGGAUGCUGAGUGUGUGUUGGCGCAGGGUGUGGACCCUCAGCAGGUGUUCUAUGUUCUGAAUCCGGAUGGAAACCUUCCAGAUACACAGCAGCGCUUCAAAGAGUGGUUUACCAGUGAGGAGGCCUGGCAGGGUGUGUGUGGCUCCGCUCCUGAUGCAGGAGAAUUGCAGGAAGCCAUGGCAACCAAGGACCUUUACAUUUACGUGGGUCACGGUGCAGGGGCGCGGUUCCUGGACUCGGGGCGCCUGCUGAAGGGGGAGGUGCGCUGCGCCGCCCUGCUGUUUGGAUGCAGUAGUGCAGCUCUGAGUGCCCACGGCCUGCAGGAGGGGACCGGCAUAGUGCUCAACUACCUCAGCGCUGGAUGUCCUCUGGUUUUAGGGAACCUGUGGGACGUGACGGACCGUGACAUCGACCGCCUGACGGUGGCGCUGCUGCGCUCGUGGCUCUCUGGGGGGCGGAGCUCCUCGCUGCUCGCUCACCUGCCCGCCGCACGCACACACACACGCCUCACACACAUCAUCGGAGCCGCACCUGUCGCCUACGGCCUGCCCAUACACCUCAGAUAGUGUGCACACACACACACGCCUCACACACAUCAUCGGAGCCGCACCUGUCGCCUACGGCCUGCCCAUACACCUCAGAUAGUGUGCACACACACACACAUACACACACACACACACACACACACACACACACAGACACACGCACUUGUAUCAUAUCCAAGCAAAACAGCAAGUCACACACACAUACGUGCUUAAUGAUUUUCUCAGGCAUAAUGAGUAUAUGUUUUUAAUUGGUUUUAUU